GUGCUGGCCCUCUGCUGCUGCCCUCCUGCACAGAUGCUCUCUCUCCUUCAUGGGAGGAAUCUCCCUUCAUUUCUCACCAAGAGGAGUCUGAAGAAUUGAGUGCCCAAAGAAUUUGCAUGGAAUUAUUCAUCCCGCUCAACUGCCGCCUUUGGCAGAACUGCUGGGCGCCGUGUCCUGGGAGAAGACAGCGGCGAGAGCUGAGUGCCAGAACGGAGCCCAGGCACUGGCGUAUUCUUGUGUCACACCACAGGAACAGGAGCAGGAGCAGAGCGCAGGACAGCAUGGGGCAGAGAGCCAGGAGCUGUGUUUGGGUGGACAGUUUGCAGAUCUGCAGGAUGCUCCUUCCCUCACUGUGCACAGACCAUGCCAGGGUGGCACAUGCAGAUGGGCAGUGCUGGAGGGCACAAGCGACUGCAGCGGCUCCUUGCUGCUCCCACGCAGACUGUGGAUGCCAUGGGGUUACAGCUGGCCACGUCAGCAGCAGGAAAGGAGCCCUGGCGUGCCCCUCUCCAUGGUCCCGGCUGGGCACAGCUGAAGGCAGCAGAAGCCAUCAAUCCUCCUCCUGGCUGACCCUGAGCUGCUGGUGCACAGGCAGGCUGGGCAGCAUCUGUCUGGGACACCUCUUAGGGGGUGAAGACCAAGGUCGGUGGGAUCCCUGCCCGGCUGAAGGCCACAGGGUCCCCGCCGUUCCCCGGGCCAUGGCCCUCUGCUGGCCAGCAGGAGGGAGCCGUGGCGCAGUCGUGCCAGUGGAGACUGAAAGACGGGAUGGAUGGAGGCUGCCAGGCAGAGAGGGGAGGAGCUGCCAGCUGAGAGAGAGCUGCCCAGAGAGUGGAGCAAAAAGCUGAUUUUUCCGUUUGCUUGAGGCUCAAAAAACCCAGAAACAUUGGUUUGACAUUAAAUGACUUUUCAAAAACUUCUACAAAGCAGAGAGCUCCAUAAAACACAGAACAAAGGGCAGCCUUUCUGUGUGUGGAAGUUCUUAAUUGGUCCAAAAUGAAGAACUUAAUGUCCUUACUGAAUUUUUACUUUUUAAGAACAUUAAAGGUGUCAGGUGGAAAACCACCAAACUUCUGCUUAAAGCACUGUCCUUUUGAAAAGCCGAAUAAAUUGACAACACCAAACUCAGGCUUGAGAAGGUUCAGUGUCAGCAAAUUUGCUUCUUUGCCACAAAACAUUUCAUUUGAGGAACUUCUCCUGGCGGCUCUCCCAGGCCUGCCUGGCUCCUGUCCUGGGUGCUUGCUGGGACCGCACUGUCCCGAGCCCGGAUACGAUGUCAUGGGACCGUCCCCUCACACUGGGCAGGGCCAGCACCUCCCCGAGGUUCCCCAGCACAAUUCGAACUGCCACAGCUUCUGCCUCGCCACCAGCAAGGCGGUGGGCAGGGGGCACAGCAGUGCCCACGGCUGAGAGCAGCUGGCAGCGGGCUCAGCACCCCCACACGCUGAGAGACCACAUC